AUGGCCGCUUCUGGCUUUCCUCCUUACCCGUCCCUUCCCAUUUCCACCCUUCCUCGUAUCUACCCCCAGUCCAAAACCCCUCUCCUUCCUUCACCCACCCCCUCCACUACCUCUUCCUCUCGCCAUGUUAAUCCCUCCCUCUACUCCUCGUCCCCCCCUCCGACCCACCGCCACCCGCCCCAAUCCGACUCCCCCGCCGCCCUCGCCUUCGCCCUCGACCACUUCUCUGCCGCCCUCUCCCUUGCCGAAGGCUCCCAGAUCCAUGCCCGUGUCCUCCGCCUCGGCCUCUCCUCCGACCCUGACCUCUCGGCCCGCCUGCUCCGCCUCUACGCCGCCUGCGGCCGCCCCGACGCCGCCCGCGCCAUCCUCGACUCCACCCCUCCCCACCUCCUCACCCCUUUCGCCUACAACUCCCUCAUCCGCGCCUACACCUCCUCUUCCCUCCACGAGCUCGCCCUCCUUCUCUUCCUUAAGAUGCUCGCCUCCGGCCUCCGCCCCAACGAGUUCACCUUCCCCUUCGUUCUCAAGUCCUCCGCCCUCCUCGGCUUCCUCGACCUCGGCCGCCAGCUCCACGCCAUGCUCCUAAAGGCGGGGCUUUUCUUGGCAAACGUCUUCUGCGCGAGUGCCCUCUUGGAUCUCUAUGUAAAGCUGGCGCCUUUGGGCGAAGCGUGCCGGAUGUUCGACAGAAUCCCACACAGAAACGCUGUGACUUGGAAUUCCAUGAUUUCGGCUUAUGCCCAGAAUGGGUUUUUGGAAAAAGGUCUGGAAUUGCUCCAUACGAUGGUAGAGUCCGGACUAGAAGUCGAUGUGAGUAGCUGGAAUUCGAUCAUCGCGGGCUGUGUUCGUCUUGGUGACGCAGAGCUCUCAUUGGAGAUGCUUGGAGAGAUUAUUUCAUCUGGUUCAAUGGAACCCAAUUCAGCCACGUUCAACACUCUCCUUCCGGUGAUCCCUUCCAUCCCCUCGUUAAGUAGGCUUAAGGAGUUGCAUGGAUUUUCUUUAAGGAAUGGAGAGAGAGUACUGGCUGACCCUGUAGCCAUCGACAGGUUGUCGUCCGCCAUCACUGCUGGGUAUGCCUUUCAUGGGUGCAUGGAUUAUGCUUCUGCAUUAUUCGGUGCAGUUAAGUUGAAAGCCAACCAAUUGUGGAAUUCAAUGAUUUCGGGGUUCCUGGAUUCUGGGCAAACUCAUGAAGCAUUCACCAUCUUCCGCGAGAUGGCUUUUCAACGUGGCCAUCAAGGGCAAGCUCUGUCCACUGUUUCAUUAACCUUGGUCCUCCCAGGGUGCGGUCAGACGGCAAAAGGUGGACUUGAGAUCCAUGCGUAUGCUUAUAGGAAUGGUAUGGAAUCUCAUCUAUCUGUAAGCAAUGCACUUAUGGCCAUGUAUGCUCGGAGACGAGACAGACGAUCAGCAGAAAAAGUUUUUCGAAGGACUCCUGAGAAGGACGUGGUGUCUUGGAAUACCCUGAUUGCUAGCUACGCUAUGGCCCAUGAUUUUGAUGAAUCAUUUAAACUAUUCCAACAAAUGCUGGCUGAGGAUGUCAGGCCUGAUGAAUACACAUUUAGUUCUGUGCUCAAUGGAUGUGGUUCCUCAUCAUAUCUUAGACAAGGGAUGCUGGUACAUGGUCAUCUGAUAAAGAGUGGGCUCUGUCAAUCUUACCUGGUGGUCCAAAAUGCUCUCACGGAUGCUUACGGGAAAUGUGGGAGUUUGGAAGAUGCUCGGAAGGUCUUCGAGGAGAUAGAUUUUAAAGAUAGGAUUUCAUGGAAUACCAUUAUCUCAUGUUGCGGACUCGGUGCAUGUCCUCAUGAGGCCUUUUCGCUCUUUCACAGGAUGCAGGAGCAAGGGUGUAAGCCCAAUCGUAUCACUUUCAUCGCACUCCUUUCAGCAUGUAGUCAUGCAGGCUUGCUUGAUGAGGGUUUCCAUUACUUUGAGAUGAUGACCAGCAAGCAUGGUAUUGUUCCUGAUGUUGCUCAUUAUGCCUGCAUGGUAGAUAAUUUAGGUAGAGCGGGCCAGCUUGAUAGAGCUUAUCAAUUUAUCAAAGACAUGCCUAUAGAGCCUGAUGACUGCAUAUGGAGUGCGCUGCUUAGCGGUUGUAGGAUCCAUGGAAAUACCGAACUAGCUGAGGUUGCAGCAAAACAUCUGAUUGAAUUGGACCCCCAGCAUUCUGGGUAUUGGGUGUUGCUAUCAAACAUAUAUGCAGAUGCUUCCAGGUGGAGUGAUAAGUCGCAGGUCCGAACAGCCAUGAAGGAGGCUGGUGUGAAGAAGAGCCCAGGUUUCAGUUGGAUUGAGGUUGGCGGCAGUGAGCUGCAUAGGUUCUUUAAUGCUGAUAAGUUGCAUAAACAGUGUGUCGAUAUUUAUUUAGCUCUGGACGGGUUAACAAAGCAAUCGAAAGAUGAGGGGUAUGUCCCUGCUGUAGACUCCAAAUUCAAAUUUAUUGACAAAGAUCUUUAG